AUGGAGAUUGGCGUUUCGGUUCCCAUUGUUGAGAUUGGGGACGACUUUGGCGCGCUGCGCGAUUACAUCCAGGCCGCCGAGGAUUUGGGGUAUGCGCACGUGCGCAUCCUGGACCACGUGCUCGGCGCGGUGCCGGAGAAGCAUCCGGAGGUGCCGCAAUUCCCCUACACCCACGAGUCGUAUAUCCACGAGCCCUUCACGCUCAUGGCCUACCUGGCCGCGGUCACGAAGAAGAUCGGUCUGACCACGGGCAUCUUGAUCCUGCCCCAGCGUCAGACGGCGCUGGUGGCCAAGCAGGCGGCCGAGGUUGACGUGCUAUCCGGCGGGCGGGUGCGACUGGGCAUCGGCGUGGGCUGGAACUCGGUGGAGUACGAGGCGCUGGGUGUGGACUUCGCCACGCGGGGCAGCCGCUGCGACGAGCAGAUCGAGGUGCUCCGCCAGCUAUGGACCGAGGACGUGAUCGACUACCACGGCAAGUACCAUGACAUCACCCACGCCGGCAUCAACCCGCUGCCGGUGCAGCGGCCCAUCCCCAUCUGGAUCGGGGCCGGUCGGGGCAAUGCGCCCACGCCUCCGAACGCCGCGAUCCGGCGCAUCGGCCGGCUCGCCGACGGCUACUUCCCAAUCUCGAAUCGGGACCGUCCCAGCCGGCGCGUUCCUCACCUGAACCGGCGGAUCGCUGGCUCCUUCCAACCUUAUUGGCCGCGCGUCCUGACCAUCGGCCUCCUGAUACUGGUUACCGCCGGCCUGGGUGUGGUCAACCCGAUCCUGAUCCGGGUGGUGUUCGACUCCGCCCUCUUCGCGGACGGUGGCCCCAACCUGCCGCUGCUCUGGACCCUGGCCACCGUCAUGGCCACGGUCGUCGUGGUGACGGGAAGCCUGGGCGUGCUGCAGACCUGGCUCACCCAGCAGGUGGGCCAACGCGUGAUGCGCGACCUGCGCGACCGCUUGUACUCGCACCUGCAAUCGCUUUCGCUGGGCUUCUUCACCUCCCAACGCACCGGCGAGAUCCAGAGCCGCGUCUCCAACGACGUGGCCGGCAUCCGCGUGGUGGUGACGGGCACCGUCAGCAACAUCCUGUCCAACGUGGUCAUCCUCAUCAGCACGCUGGUGGCCAUGGCCGUGUUGUCGUGGGAGUUGACGGUGGUGGCCGCGGGCAUUACCCCAAUUUUCGCGGUGUUCAGCUACCUGGUGGGAAAACGCCGGCGCGCGGUCUCGGCGAGGGUGCAGGAGUCCACCGCGGAGAUGACCGCGAUCACCCAGGAAACCCUGUCGGUGUCCGGCGUCAUGCUCACCCGGCUGUUCGGGGCGCAGAACCGCGAGGUGGCCCGCUUUCCACGAUCAGAACGUGCAUCUGUCUGA